AUGUGGGCAAGGUCUAGACUGCUGGUUGUGAGGAUGUUGUCAGCAGGGCGGAUCAGGUUGUGUUUGUGGUCUCCACUGGUGCUACUGGCCCUAGUUUCCAAUUUCCCCAGUCAGGCACAGGGUCAAGUUCCAGCCCCGAGGAGGCUGCGCUUCAAAGUGCUGAGCUCGAGCAAACUCCUUGUUUCAUGGAGGGAGCCCAAAGGAGACUUUGACAGCUAUCUGUUCCUCUACAGCAGUAUACCAGGUGGUCAGCAGAGGGAGAUCAUAGCGUCCAAGUCGGACACUAAGGUGUUGAUAACAGACUACAGCUCCUCCAGAGGCUACAGUGUGAGUGUGAUCGCUGUCAGAGGCAGUGAGCAGAGCACUCCUCUUCAGGGCAGACUUAAAGCUGCAGCCCAGGGAGGUGAGAGUGACGGCGGAGACGGGACUGAGCCGCAGAGGCUGACUGAAACACUCACUCCUCCAGAUAAUGCCAACGAGAUCUCGGGAGCUGAUCAGUUUGUGUGCCACACCGAAGCCAUCGCAGACAUCGUGAUCCUGGUGGACGGCUCCUGGAGUAUCGGUCGGAUCAACUUCCGGCUCGUCCGCAUGUUCCUGGAAAACCUGGUCAACGCCUUCGAUGUCGGCUUCGAUAAGACAAGGAUAGGUCUGGCUCAGUACAGCGGGGACCCGAGGAUAGAGUGGCAUCUAAAUGCUUUCUCCAAUAAAGAGACCGUCAUCGACGCCGUCAAGAAUCUGCCCUACAAAGGAGGAAACACGCUCACAGGCCUUGCGUUGAACUAUAUCAUGGAGAACUGCUUCAAGCCUGAGUCUGGCUCACGGCUUGGCGUGCCCAAGAUUGGCAUCCUCAUCACGGACGGGAAGUCCCAGGAUGACGUGAUACCACCUGCAGAGAGCCUGCGCAACUCUGGGAUUGAGCUAUUUGCUAUCGGUGUGAAGAACGCCGAUGAGAAUGAGUUGCGCUCCAUCGCCUCAGAGCCAGAAGACACUCACGUCUACAACGUGGCUGACUUCAACAUCAUGAGCUCCAUCGUCGAGGGUCUGACCAGGACCGUGUGUGAUCAAGUGGAGCAGCAGGAUAAAGACAUCAAGGAGAGUAAGGAAACAAUGACAGACAAGACGAUCGGUGCGCCACUCGAUCUGGUGACAUCCGAGGUCGCGGCGCGGAGCUUCAGGGUGUCAUGGAGUCACGCCCCUGGAGAUGUAGAGAAAUACAGAGUGGUUUAUUAUCCCGCUCAGGGAGGAGAACCACAGGAGGCUGUGGUGGACGGCACUGAGACCUCGGUGGUGUUACAGCAUCUCAGCUCUCUCACCGAGUACCAGCUGGCUGUGUUUGCUGUGUAUGCAAACGAGGGGAGUGAAGCUCUGAGGGGAUCAGAAACAACUCUGGCUCUACCCAGAGUGACUGGCGUGCAGCUGUUUGACGUGACUCACAGCACCAUGAAAGCAAGAUGGGACAGCGUAGACGGGGCCUCCGGCUACAUGGUGCUGUAUGGACCUCUCAUAGAAAAUGGAGAGUUGGACGAGAAGGAGGUGAAGGUGUCGGAGGCAGUGACAGAGCUGGAGCUGGAUGGGUUGAACUCUCACACUGAAUACACCGUCACUGUUUACGCCAUGUAUGGAGAGGAAGCCAGUGACCCUGUAACAAACCAGGAAAGUACAUUGCCUCUGAGUUCUCCCAGUAACCUACAGUUCUCUGAUGUCAGCCAUAACUCCGCCCACAUCAGCUGGGACCCUGCUCCCCAAGGGGUCAAAGGUUACCACAUCAUGUGGAACAAGACAGGCAAUCUAGUCAAGGUGAGUGUGGAGGUCGGCCCAGUGAGCUCUUACGACCUCAGUGAGCUGACGUCUCUGAUGGAGUACACAGUAGCCAUUUCUGCUUUGUACGACAACGGCCAAUCAGAGCCGCUCACUGACUCAUUCACGACCACUCCAGUUCCCGGUCCUCUGAACCUGCGCUCCAGUGACAUCAGCACAGACAGCUUCCAGGUCAGCUGGGAUCACUCAGCCAAUGACAUCGUCCUUUACAGACUCUCGUGGGCACCGUUCACGGGUGGCGACACUAAAGAGGUGAUCUUGAGUGGAAGUGAUAACAGAUACCUGCUGGCCAGCCUGAGUCCGUCCACUGAGUACGAAGUCAUGCUGACGGCCGUGUUCAGUGAUGAAUCAGAGAGCGACACAGUCUCCGUCAUAGAGACCACAUUGACCAGGACGACAACAGUUGCUGCCACAACCGCAGUGCCACGUCAGGCUGUGAGAAACCUGCAGCUGAGUGACGAGACCCCCCAGAGUUUAGAUGCAUCAUGGGAGAUGGAGGACCCCCACGUGGAGAACUACAGGGUCUCCUAUGCUGGCCUCAGCGGCAACCACCAAGAGGAGUCGGUGUUAGUUCCUGGAGGAGAGAGAAGAGCUGUGCUGGAGCCGUUACUGUCAGACACCCAGUACAAAGUGACGAUCACGCCAGUGUACAGGGACGGACAAGAUGGCAUUAGCGUCUCUGCCAUGGGAUCCACACUUCCCCUUUUGUCCCCUGGAAACCUCCGUGUGUCAGAGGAGUGGUACAACCGCUUCCGGGUCACCUGGGAUCCACCGCAGACUCCUACACUGGGUUACAGGAUUGUCUACCAGCCCAUUUAUGAUCCAGGACCAGUUCUGGAGACAACAGUGGGUGAAGAUAUGAACUCCAUGAUGCUUCUGAAUCUCUUAAGUGGGACAGAAUACAGUGUUCAAGUGACGGCCUCCUACCCUUCAGGACAGAGCGAACCGCAGCUAGUGAACACCAAAACACUGUUCCUCGGCGUCUCUGGCUUGUCAACCUACCAGGUGCGUUCCAGCAGCAUGUGUGUCCAAUGGCAGCCUCUUCUACGGGCCACAUUAUACAGAGUCUCCAUCCAGUCCACGCUCAAUGGCCAAAGGCAGGAAGUGAGCCUGGGGGGUGGUGCUUCCCGACAGUGCUUCUAUGACCUCACUCCGAGCAGCCAAUACCAGAUCAGCGUUCACACGCAGAUUCAAGAAAUGGAGGGACCGUCGGUCUCCAUCACUGACAUGACGUUGCCAGCGCCCACUCUGGCUCCGACUGAACCACCGACCACAGAGCCCGCUCCCACCAUCCCGCCUGCUAAGGAGGUGUGCAAGGAGGCCAAGGCUGACCUGGCGUUCCUGGUGGACGGCUCCUGGUCCAUCGGAGACGACAACUUCCUGAAGAUCACGCGUUUCCUGUACAGCACCAUGGGAUCGCUGGAUCUGGUGGGACCGGAUGGCACCCAGGUGGCCAUCGUGCAGUUCAGUGACGAUGCCCGGACGGAAUUCCAGCUGAGUUCCCAUAGCAACAAGGAAGCACUGCUGGAAGCUAUUCAGAACAUCAGAUACAAAGGAGGAAACACCAAGACAGGUCGAGCCAUCAAACAUGUGAAAGAGUCCAUUUUCACUUCAGAGAGCGGAGCCAGACGGGGCGUUCCCAAAGUCCUCGUUGUCCUCACUGAUGGGCGAUCGCAGGACGAUGUCAACAAAGUGUCCAAGGAGAUGCAGAUGGAGGGCUAUAUCAUCUUUGCCAUUGGCUUUGCGGACGCGGACUACGGAGAGCUGGUGAACAUUGCCAGCAAGCCCAGCGACAGACACGUCUUUUUCGUGGACGAUUUGGAUGCUGUGAAGAAAAUAGAGGAACAGCUCAUUACCUUUGUCUGCGAGGCUGCCACUGCCACUUGUCCGACUGUUUUGAUGAGUGGAAACACAAUGGCAGGUUUCCGUAUGAUGGAGAAGUUUGGCCUGGUGGAGAAGGAGUACAGCAUCAUACCUGGUGUUUCUCUGGAGCCGGGUUCAUUCAACAGCUUCCCCUGUUACAGGUUACACCGUGACGCUCUGGUGUCCCAGCCCACCAAGUACCUUCACCCUGAGGGUCUCCCCUCUGACUACACCAUUUCAAUGAUGAUCCGUCUACUUCCGGAGACCCCAGAAGAGCCCUUUGCAUUGUGGGAAAUCCUCAACAAAGACCACAAGCCAUUAGUGGGACUAAUCCUGGACAACUCUGGAAAGACCUUGACGUUCUUCAACUACGAUUAUAAAGGAGACUUCCAGACGGUUACUUUUGAAGAAUCAGAAAUCAAAAAGAUCUUCCAUGGUAGCUUCCACAAGCUCCAUGUGACCAUCAGUAAGACAUCGGUGAAGGUGGUGUUGGAUUGUUCUGCGGUGGGGGAGAAAUCCAUCACCGCGGCCGGUAACAUCACCACAGAUGGGGUGGAGAUCCUGGGAAGGAUGUUCCGGUCCAGAGGAAUAGAGAACAACUCUGCUCCAUUCCAGCUCCAGAUGUUCGACAUCAUCUGCAGUACAUCCUGGGCCAGCAGAGAUAAGUGUUGUGAGCUGCCAGCAUUAAGAGUUGAGGAGCAGUGCCCUUCCAUGCCUCACGCUUGCACCUGCUCCCAGGACAGUAAAGGACCCCCAGGACCCUCUGGACCUCCUGGAGGUCCAGGUAUAAGGGGAGCCAGAGGAGACAGAGGAGAGCCAGGAAUAACGGGACCUCAUGGCUCAGUAGGAGCGAUUGGCACUUCUGGACCCCCAGGGCCGCCUGGCCCUCAGGGGCCCAGUGGACUCUCCAUCCAGGGGCCCCCGGGGGCUGCAGGAACGAAGGGAGAGAGAGGAGAGAACGGUCCAGCCGGACAAAUGGGUGUCCCUGGAGGCCAAGGCUCAACUGGUAGAGACGGACCCCCAGGACCAAGGGGUCUUCCAGGAAAUAUUGGAACACAAGGACGACAAGGACCUUCUGGACCCGUUGGAGCCCCGGGUGCACCUGGGCCUCCAGGAUCAGCUGGAUCAGCCGGGUCCCAAGGAGAGCAAGGGGUUCCUGGACCUGCUGGUACCAAAGGCGAUAAGGGAGAAAGAGGAGAUGUGCAAUCCCAGGCUGCUGUCCGCGCCAUCGCACGACAAGUGUGUGAACAGCUCAUCCAGAGCCAUUUGUCUCGCUAUAACUCCGUACUGAACCAGAUCCCCGCCCAGUCGGCGGUCUCCAUCCGAACAGUUCCAGGACCACCAGGGGAGCAGGGUAGGAGAGGCACCCCGGGACCCCAGGGAGAGCAAGGAUCGCCAGGCAGACCAGGCUUCCCUGGGUCCAAUGGUCAGAGUGGACGAGCAGGAGAGAGAGGUCUGUCAGGAGAGAAGGGGGAGAGGGGGAGUCCAGGUGUUGGGAGUCAGGGACCUCGAGGACCACCCGGACCUCCAGGCCUGCCGGGUGAAGGACGCACAGGCAGCCAGGGUCCGCCCGGACGGCCCGGCAACCCUGGGACGAAUGGGAGGCCGGGGAAUCCUGGUGGCACCGGACCAGCCGGGUCGCCAGGAUACUGUGACCAGAACUCUUGUCUGGGAUACAACGUUGGAGUUCAACAGGACUAUGGGAAUGAUUACUGAGGAGCAUUCUCCAACAAUUCUCCAACCUCCUUCCUCCUCCUCCUCCUCUGCUCAUCUCCUUCCCUCCCUCACUCUGUGGCCUGUGCAUCAUAUUGAAAAAUGACAAAUUCAAUGAUUCUCUCAAGAUGUCUUGGGAUAGAUAAUUACUCCUGGCCCCAGUGUUUACCCUCUAAUCCCUGCAGCAGUGGGUUUUUCUCAUUUUCACCCAUUACUUUUACAUAUACUUUUUUGCAGGAGUAGUGAAAUCAUCAGGAAUUGUUUAGGGCAGCGAAUGACAGUUUAUUCCUUCUUAAUAGAGAAAGUAUUGUUUAGCAACUGUUACACCAAGCUUGGUUCACAUGCAAGUUUUCAGACAAAUACAUUUUCUUUUAAGCCCAUCUAUUAAAAUAUGAUAGAUUUCCACCAUCAGCUGAAUUUCUUGAUGGAACCGUUAAGCUGCUUGUUUCAUCCUCAUGAGACAAAAAUAGAUGAGCUUACUUCCCAAACAAUCCACUGCUGUGAGGACGAGCACCACCGGAGAUCUGUCAACAAAUACUCGUGCACACAAUGCUUUGCUGCCUCCUCUUCACCCCCGCUUCAAGCUCAAAUCUCCUCAAAGCUAAUCUCAGCUAAAUACUGAUGAAUUGCUUUGAUGCUGGUCGGCUGCAUCCAUCACUAACCAACCUCUUCUAUCUGUGCAUCUCUUAUACUGGAAGCUGGAAAUCUAAAUUUUAGCCCUAACCCAACUCAGAUGGGAUGUUUUCAUUUGUGGGAAAUGAUCACAUCUGGACACUAUGUGAUGAACACAUAAUGUUCCUCUGAUUUCAUUAACCGACUUCCUUACUAAGCCGAUCUUUUGGACGUUAUCUUAGCGUCCCGAGGUCAAUGAUACAAGAUCAUAAUCCUUAGCAGCUUAAAAUAGUUAAAACCUGCUGUGUAGUUCAAUUUU